AUGCGUGCCCUUCAUCUCCCUGGCGUGCCAGAUGGCAGCACGCCGCCAUUUCGAUUUCCCGAUAGUCCACCCAAACCAGCGGACCUGGACUACACGACAGCAGACUUCCCAGAGCCUAGACCACCGCCAUCACCAAAAGCAACCACUCCAAGCUAUCUCCUCCGGGUGCUCACCACGGCUCUGACACGAGGCGAGUUGACCUGGGCGGAGAUCCUUGAACCGUCCCGAUUCCAUGCAUACGGUUCCGCCAUUCCCGGCCACGACGUCGUCGGCAUCGUCGAAAAGGUAUUUCGAGUAGAGGGCAACGAAACCGAAGCUUCUCCUCCAAAGUAUUUUCCGGGAGACAAAGUAUGGGCCCUCCUAGACUUCGACCGCGACGGCGCUGCCGCAACGUAUACGAUCGCGCUGGAGCAUGAGCUCAGCCUCGUGCCGGCCAUCCCACCGCACAUCACCAACAUCAGCCCAUCGCAAUGGAACGCCGUGCUCGCCACCAUUCCGCUCUCGGGUCUGACUGGCUACCAGGCCCUCUUCUCGCACGGCCACCUCCCGCCAUCAUCCCUCUCCACUCCCGAUCCCCGACCAUCCCCCCAACCACGCGUCCUGAUAACCGGGGCAUCCGGCAGCGUCGGGGCACCGACGCUCCAACUCGCCAAAGCGGCAGGCUUCCACGUCACAGCCGUGUGCAGCAGCACGUCCCUCCCAUUCGUGACAGACACCCUCCACGCCGACGCCGUCAUCGAUUACACAUCCGAGUCCUUCACUAGCAUCCCCGACGCAUUCGCAUCUCGCGCCCUCGCGCCCGUCAACCUGGUGAUCGAUUGUACGGGCUCCGCCCUGCUCCAGCCGAUCCUCUCCUCGCCCGCGAGCAUGCUGGUCCGCAACGCCGGGCGGAUCGUCACGGUCGUCGCGCCCCUCGCCGUCAUCGCGGGGAGUGAGACGCAAGCGGCGGCGAAUCAGGCCGCGCUGGACGAGGCGGGCGUGGCGGCCGACUUCUUCAUCGUGAAGCCUGACGGUGUCGAGUUGCGGGUUCUGGGGAGGUUGGUGGAGGAGGGCCGCUUGAGGGGUCUUGUCGAUGAGGUGUUUGCGUUGGAAGACGGGAGGGAUGCGAUGCAGGUCGUCGAGAGUCGGGGUCGGAGGGGUGGUGGGAAGGUUGUGUUGAGGGUCGCGGAGGAAUAG